AUGACCAAAGGAAUGGGGACAAGAGGUCAGUCGAGUGCCAUGGGCCAAGAAGCAAGAGACCCAAGCCUGGAUGCAGUUAUUCAGACGUUGCAAGAGAUAGGAAAUAUGAUGGGAAGGCAGGCUCAAGAAAGGGCCGCCAAUAUUGCCCAAGCUGCUGAGGCUACAGCAACUGCUGUUGUGAAUGGAAACCAGGCCAAUCAAGGGCAGGCCCUAGUGGUUGCAAAUAGGCUGAUGCACCAACUGGUAGAACAGUUUCUAAAGUUAAAGCCGCCAAAGUUUGAGGGAAAAGGUGACCCUGAGGCCGCGCCACGUUGGGUGGAAGAGUUGGAGAAGGUCUUCGAAGUUCUGGGGUGCACCGAGGCUGAGAAGGUGACCUUAGCGGUGUAUCAGUUGCAAGAUAAUGCUAGUGAUUGGUGGAAGGCCACCAAGGGAAGAGUGUUCCCUGAUGGUGUCGCUCAGACUUGGGCCGUGUUUUCUGAGAACUUCUAUGGAAAAUUCUUCUCUGAGAGCGCUAGGGAAAGGAAACUAGCAGAAUUUAUGAGACUCCGUCAAGGACAGAUGACCAGUAGUUUGUGA